UAAAGAAGUUCGUAAGCGAAAGAAGAGUAAUACUGGAUAACAAAUAUUGGAAUUGUUUAAAAUGCUAGUAAAUGCAAUUUUGAUUCCGUACUUUUUAGGGAUCUUCACAAAUGUUUCAAAGGAAUCAGAUUUUGAUCCAGAAUACUUGUUUGAGAUGAACAAAGUUACUGUAAAGUACAAUCCGUAUGUCAGAUCUACGAAUUUAUCUUCUCGAAUAACAUGCCAUCCCUUUCAAACAAACAGUCUCCGCUGUUUCAUACAUAAUAUUACUCAUGUGACUUCGCUAAAUCGAACUUCGGAUAUAAAUAAUCGAGUCGAAAUCGGACAAUGGUUCGAGAUGAAAUUCUUUGAGUAUAGUCCAGAAAUACAGAAUAUACUGGUCACAGAAAAAGUACCUACGAAAUUUAUCAAAAGCUUUAUGAAAGAUAUUAUUCACCAAUUUAAUAUAGGUCAAAUAGCUGAUAUAAGACAUGUAAAGGAUGCUGAAGGAUUCAGAAAAAGUAGUUACGUAGGUCUGCAAAAAACACCAAUAGGCAAAUGUUUAACUAAGUGUAUUAUGAAAUUAAGAAAAUAUAAGAAAGAUACAAAUGAGGGACUAGAUCCUAAUUUUCAAAUUAGAUUGUUAGAUAGUCAUUUUGAUCAAAAAGAUAUACAUGUACACAUUAAGAAGAAUCGGAAUCGUGAUUGCAUUUAUUCAAUGCCUUAUGCCGAUUUUUUAAACAAAGGGGAAGUGACAUCAUAUUUCCAAGUAAUAGAAGUGAUCGAAAAUAAAUUACGAAUGUAUACUGAAAUAAGUGGGUACCAAAGUAAAAAGGCAUGGUCAGAAGAGUCAACAGAUACUGAAGGAAUAUUUUUCUUUUCGCAAACAAUGGAUAUGCAGUUAAUUAAUAUAAUAUCUCAAAAAACAAUAUCAUUUAAGGAUUAUAAUGCAACCGAAUUUGAUUAUUAA